UCCUCCUCUUCCCCGCCGCCCCCGGCAGGCCCGGCGGAGGCGGGGGUUCCGUUGGCGCCGCCGGGGCUGCUUGGGGAAGGCCAUCUGUAGAGAAGAGAAAAAAUGAAAUACCUAUUCUUAAUAUUUUUCAUGAACUUAUUGCCACAAUAUGCUGGCAAGCCUUUCAGCAGAGAUGGCAAUUACCCAAAAACAUUUGAAGACAUUAGAAAUGAGAUAGCUGGCUAUUAUGAUAUUGCUAAAGCUAUUAUUGAUCUUGCUGUUUAUGGGAAAGCUCAGAACAGAUCUUAUGAAAGAUUAGCUGUUUUUGCUGAUACCAUAGGACCUAGACUAAGUGGUUCAAAAAAUCUAGAUGCAGCCAUCAAGUAUAUGUACAGUGCCCUGCAGAAAGACGGACUGGAGAAUGUGCACCUGGAGCCUGUGAAAGUACCUCACUGGGAAAGAGGAGAAGAGUUUGCCAUGAUGCUGGAACCAAGGAAUCACAGCAUUGCUAUUUUGGGACUUGGAAGCAGUGUUGCAACUCCUCCGGAAGGAAUUACAGCGGAAGUCAUAGUGGUAGCCUCUUUUGAUGAACUGCACAGAAGAGCUCAAGAGGCCAAGGGGAAGAUCGUUGUCUACAAUCAACCUUUCAUCAGUUAUGGUGAAACUGUGCGGUACAGAUCACUGGGAGCAGUGGAAGCUGCUAAGGUUGGAGCAGUAGCAUCCCUCAUUAGAUCCGUUGCUUCUUUUUCUAUUAAUAGCCCACAUACUGGCUGGCAGAACUAUCAGUCUGGCAUACCCCAGAUUCCCACUGCUUGCAUCUCUGUGGAAGAUGCUGAAAUGAUGUCACGGAUGUCUUUCCGAGGCACUAAGAUCGUUGUGUACCUGAAGAUGGGGGCCAGGACCUACCCAGACUCUGCUUCUUUUAACACGGUGGCAGAAAUAGUUGGAAGCAAGUACCCAGAGCAGAUUGUGUUGGUCAGUGGACAUCUGGACAGCUGGGAUGUUGGGCAGGGAGCUAUGGAUGACGGCGGCGGAGCAUUUAUAUCAUGGGAAGCAUUAUCACUCAUUAAGGAUCUGGGACUUCGUCCAAAAAGAACUCUGCGCUUGGUGCUGUGGACAGGAGAAGAACAAGGAGGAAUAGGUGCUGAGCAAUACUACCAGUUGCAUAAGGAAAACAUCUCUAACUUUGAUAUCGUCAUGGAGUCUGAUGAGGGCACCUUCAAGCCAUCUGGGCUGGCUUUUACUGGUAAUGCCAAAGCUCGUGACAUCGUGAAAGAGAUCAUGGCUCUGUUACUGCCUAUCAACGUUACAGAAGUUUAUGACGCUGCAGAUGGAACAGACAUCAAUUUCUGGAUGAGGGAUGGAGUGCCCGGUGCCAGCUUGCGUGAUGACCUCAGUAAAUACUUCUGGUUUCAUCAUUCUCAAGGGGACACGAUGACAGUUCAGGAUCCAAACCAGAUGAAUCUCUGUGCUGCUGUUUGGACUGUUGUCUCCUAUAUAAUUGCUGACAUGGAAGAGAUGCUGCCAAGGUAAUAAAGAGUCAAGAGAGAAGAUUUCUGUUCAUCAGUAAAGACUGUGAGUCCCCUAAUACAUGUGGUCUACAGCUGUGGGAAAUUCCUUUUUUCACCCUGAUUUUGCACAUUAUUUUGUCUGUUUUCCUCAAAGCAUAUACUCUCUUACACAUUCCUGGUUCUUUUUGCUGUUUUAACGUUUUCCAUUUGUGAUUUUCACAGUUUCCUGAAUACUUUUAAAAUUUCUCAUGAAAGUAUGGUAUCUCUUUGGUAUGAUGAAGUAAUCAUUUGUAUGCAAACUGAUCAUUUGCAGUAGGAAAAAUACAACAAAAUAAAUUUGUUGCAUCAGAAUAAUUAUUGUGUUGAGUACGUAUUCAUGGAUUUAUUUUCUGUCUUUCAGCCCGUGUAUUCAAAUGAUGUGCAAUUAAUCUUUUUUUCUUACACUUUUAAGAUAAUAAUGUGCUUUUCAGUCCCACAACAAAUUUAUCUCAGCUGUUUUAAUGGUAAUGUAUGGUAAAAUGGUCAAACUAGUAAAAUAGCACGGCUUUUAAUAGUUCACUCAGUUCCUGCUGUUAAAUCUUAUUAAAAGUUACUUCAUGAAAGAUUCAGAUAAACCGGGAUAGAGGAUAGGAAGUCAGUAACAGGAUGUCCAGAUCUCUAGAUAGCAGCAGCUCCCAUGUGUUUUUGGUCACCUCCCCACAGAAAUCUGUGCCUUGUCCCCUUCUUUCUGAUGGAAAACUCCCCGCGGUGAUAUGCAGAGAAUUGCAUGUGGCAGUUUUUCUCUGAAAUCCAUGAUGUUCCAGAAACAGCCAUCAGAGUUGUGAUCCGUGACCUUCACUACCUGCCAGCUGAUGUCCAAACGAAGCAUAAAAGCAGAUUUUGAUUCCUGAUGCUGGAGCCAUUCACAGAACAGCCCUCUUU